AUGGACCAUUUUAUGACAGUUCUUGUCGUUUUCACGGUCCUCUCUUUGCAUUUCGAAGGUUCGUCUUGUCGAUUUCGUGGUCAAAAUGUAUCUGACAGCGAGCAGAUCCUAGUGGAGUCAUUCAAGAAAAAACUGCUCAAAGAACUGGGCUUUUCCACUGCGCCAAAUGUCAGUGGUCUUAGACCCCCGAAGAUUCCAGAAAUUCUCAGAAACCUGGUUGAAGCCGAAAACAGAAGGUAUAAACGCCUGGCUGAGGAAGUGGAUGAUAAAUUUUACGCUAAAACAAGGCAAAUUUUUCUCUUCCCAGAAGAAGGUGAGAUUUAUUUUUUAUUUUGCGUUAAUUAAUAGCUUGUAUUUUACACCCACAGCUAGUAAACGUUCUCCUUCCGGAAAGAAAAACGCUGAAAACUUUUUCAUAAAUCUGACCUGGGGAGGCCGGCUAUUUUUUCACCUCUCGUGGUCUUGAAAAUGUCUCUAUUCUGCCCGCAUCCUGAUAGUUCUGGAUUUAAUUCUUGACUUCUAGACACUAUUGUCGGGAUUUACGAGACGAGCUAUCUAUUGUUCGAGAACUCGACUUCUCAGGGUACUAUGUCCCUAGCCACGAUUAAUGUCUGGCUAUUUAAGGUAUUAGGAAACCACUGAAAAUAAUCUCGUCAACAUCAUCUCAUUGAAGCUUUUCUUUUUCUAAGAUAUAUGGGUGCGUUAUGCUUUUAGUGUUAGUCAAGGUAACAAGAUAUUCUUUCUUUUCAAUAGCAACACAGUUGCCAGCUUAAUUUAAAAUUCAUUUGCCUUUUAAGCAAAUAAAGUUGAAAAAAACUACAUAUUCAAGGUGAGUUCAAAACACCUGGGCCUUGAGAUCAAAUCCGCAACAUUAUGGGUCUUCAUCAGCGAGGCAGCCAGAUCAAGUCGAGAGAAUAAACAAGUAAUGUACAAAUUGGUCCUUUGGAGGCGUUUCAAAGGAAAAGAAGCAAGAGAUGUUAUGGCCAAAGAACGUUUUCAUUCGAAGCAACUCAACACAACUGGUUGGCACUCCUUCGACGUUAGUUUUGUGGUUAAAGAAUGGUUCUCACAGCAUCGAACGUCAGAUUUGAGUUUGGAAAUAGAAACGAAGGGGCUCAAAUCUCUUGUGGUGGGUGGCAUGACUAACGGUGACCCGGAAGCAAAUCAGCCUUUCCUGCUUGUCGACACAAAAGAAAAGAAAACAGUCAGCCGCAAAAGAAGAUCUUUUCAGUUAAGAAAAUGCAAUAAAACCGAGCCAAGGAACUGCUGCCGCAAGAGUAUGUUUGAGAUAGAUUUUAAAGCUAUCGGUUGGAAUUUUGUCAUUGCCCCCAGAGUAUUGACCACGUUUACGUGUGCUGGAGUUUGCGCUAGAUCAUCGAUCUACGGCAAUCUUCAGUGGCGAGCUCAGGCUCUGAUAAAUUUAAAUCAAUUUCAAACUGUAUGUUGUCGACCAAAUGAACUGCUUCCCAUGUCACUGAUGAUUUUGACGGAAGAUGGAACUCCCGAGUACAUUUAUCUCCCAAAAAUGCAGGUGAAAUCGUGUCACUGCAUUGUUUGA